AUGAACUUUAAAAUUCCUUCUAUUCAUAAACUUCAUACUGAUACUAAUUCCAAUAUAACUCAACCUCAUAGUGAUUUUAUGAAAAAAUAAGAUAUACAACCUUAGUAAAUAACUCCCUCAUAUUUAUUUGCUAAUCAUUCAUUUUAACCAACUCUUAAAAUAUUAGCUCCUCAAAGAGAAUCAAUUUUUGCUCAUAGAAAAGAAACCUUUAUAAAUUAAAGCUAUCGUGAUAUUUCUUAACGUGAUAUUUAUGGAAGCCUAUAAAAAUAUAAAAUAGAAAAACAAGAUGAUAGCCUAACUCAACUUCGAGGAAGAAAAAGGUCAAUAAAGCAGCAUUAAUCACCUUAUAAUAUAAAUUCAUAAUCACCAACAUCCAUUUAAAAUAUUGAGAGCCAAAAGAGAAUUCUUGAAUAUGUUAUGGAUGAUGUUAGGUUAAAUAAUAUUAAAUUAAAAAAGCUAGAGAAAUCUCCUCAAGGAUUAAACUGUCCUAUGCACAACUAUUAAUAUCUCAAAAAUAUGAAAUAACUCUAUCCUUUCUAGAUAGAAAAAUCUGUUAAAGAUUUAAUGAGGCCAUUCCAUUAAUAAAGAGAGAAUUUGUUAUCUCCAAUUUAAACAGAAAAAAGCUUAAUUUAUCCUUAAAGACCAUAAAUUUAAAGACCAAAAGAGUUUUUGAAUAAAUUAAAAAAUAGAUUAUUGAAAAGAAAAAAAACAAUUUUCUUGUAAUAAACAUAGAAUUAUGAAGAUCCAAUUUAAAGAAAGCUUAAACAUUUUUAAAAAAGUAUAUUUGAAAAUUAAUGUCUACAUACAAUAUAUAUUCGUCCUUCAGCAAUUAGAAUAUAAAAGUAUAGGAUUGAGGAUUCUAAUAAUGAAUCGAUUUUGAAAAAAUGCUUUAGUUUUAGAUGGUGGUGGUAAGAAGCAGAAGAAAAUGAUGAAGAAAUAUAGUUUUUAUGGGCAAGUUAAGUUUCAACCUCUUUCUUAAAUAAAUAAAGAUAAAGACACAUAAGCGAUAAAAUUGAAUUUUAACCUUUUGAAUAGAUUUUGAAAAUAUGUGAAGGUGUUGAAGAUUAAAUGAAAUUUGCAAUUGAAUAAAAACUUUGUUUAUUAUCUCCUUAUAUAAAAAUACAUAAUCAUAUAGAUGAAAUUAAUCCAUUAUGGACAAAGAAGAAUUUAAUUUUUAGAUUUUAAAAGUACUGUUCUAUAACAAAUUAAAAUUUCUGUGAUUUCAUUCCUUUUUCAAUAAUAGUAAAUAAUUUAGGAGAAGAAUCAUUUUAUGAAUUUAUUAGAAAUUAUAAAACUUCUACAGAAAUUUGGAUAGUUUUGAAAUGUUAGAAUGAAGGAGAAAUUUAGUUAUGUGAAAAUACAAAAAGUGUAUUUAACUUUAUUUAAAAAGAGUACUAAACUCCAAGUAGAAAGCAAUAAAGCUUUAUUGUCUAANCUAAUUUUUUAUAAUUUAUGAACUUUAAAAUUCCUUCUAUUCAUAAACUUCAUACUGAUACUAAUUCCAAUAUAACUCAACCUCAUAGUGAUUUUAUGAAAAAAUAAGAUAUACAACCUUAGUAAAUAACUCCCUCAUAUUUAUUUGCUAAUCAUUCAUUUUAACCAACUCUUAAAAUAUUAGCUCCUCAAAGAGAAUCAAUUUUUGCUCAUAGAAAAGAAACCUUUAUAAAUUAAAGCUAUCGUGAUAUUUCUUAACGUGAUAUUUAUGGAAGCCUAUAAAAAUAUAAAAUAGAAAAACAAGAUGAUAGCCUAACUCAACUUCGAGGAAGAAAAAGGUCAAUAAAGCAGCAUUAAUCACCUUAUAAUAUAAAUUCAUAAUCACCAACAUCCAUUUAAAAUAUUGAGAGCCAAAAGAGAAUUCUUGAAUAUGUUAUGGAUGAUGUUAGGUUAAAUAAUAUUAAAUUAAAAAAGCUAGAGAAAUCUCCUCAAGGAUUAAACUGUCCUAUGCACAACUAUUAAUAUCUCAAAAAUAUGAAAUAACUCUAUCCUUUCUAGAUAGAAAAAUCUGUUAAAGAUUUAAUGAGGCCAUUCCAUUAAUAAAGAGAGAAUUUGUUAUCUCCAAUUUAAACAGAAAAAAGCUUAAUUUAUCCUUAAAGACCAUAAAUUUAAAGACCAAAAGAGUUUUUGAAUAAAUUAAAAAAUAGAUUAUUGAAAAGAAAAAAAACAAUUUUCUUGUAAUAAACAUAGAAUUAUGAAGAUCCAAUUUAAAGAAAGCUUAAACAUUUUUAAAAAAGUAUAUUUGAAAAUUAAUGUCUACAUACAAUAUAUAUUCGUCCUUCAGCAAUUAGAAUAUAAAAGUAUAGGAUUGAGGAUUCUAAUAAUGAAUCGAUUUUGAAAAAAUGCUUUAGUUUUAGAUGGUGGUGGUAAGAAGCAGAAGAAAAUGAUGAAGAAAUAUAGUUUUUAUGGGCAAGUUAAGUUUCAACCUCUUUCUUAAAUAAAUAAAGAUAAAGACACAUAAGCGAUAAAAUUGAAUUUUAACCUUUUGAAUAGAUUUUGAAAAUAUGUGAAGGUGUUGAAGAUUAAAUGAAAUUUGCAAUUGAAUAAAAACUUUGUUUAUUAUCUCCUUAUAUAAAAAUACAUAAUCAUAUAGAUGAAAUUAAUCCAUUAUGGACAAAGAAGAAUUUAAUUUUUAGAUUUUAAAAGUACUGUUCUAUAACAAAUUAAAAUUUCUGUGAUUUCAUUCCUUUUUCAAUAAUAGUAAAUAAUUUAGGAGAAGAAUCAUUUUAUGAAUUUAUUAGAAAUUAUAAAACUUCUACAGAAAUUUGGAUAGUUUUGAAAUGUUAGAAUGAAGGAGAAAUUUAGUUAUGUGAAAAUACAAAAAGUGUAUUUAACUUUAUUUAAAAAGAGUACUAAACUCCAAGUAGAAAGCAAUAAAGCUUUAUUGUCUAAUAAUAUAUAAGAUCGUUUGUAUAUCAAUAAAUAAAAUUAGAUUUAUGUUAUUAUUUAUUGAUAACUCAAAUUAAUGGAAUAGUGAGAGGAUAUUUAUUUGAAUAAUUUUAUGGAGAAGAAUCAUAAAUAAGUUUUUCUCCUUUUGAAAAAUAGUCUAAAUCUAUUACUAAAUUAAAUCAAGAUUAUAAUUCAAAUAAGAUUUCAAUGAAAACCAUUAUAGAUUAUUUUGAUGAUUGUAGAGUUGAUUACGAAUAUAAAAUACUUCCUGAAAUAAAAAAUAUUUUAUGUGAAUAUAUUAGAUCAAUAUUUAUUCAAAUGCCAGUUAAAGAUCAUAAUUUUGAAGUAUUCAUUAAAUAAGACUUAGUUACUUUAAGUUAAAAUAAUGAUUGAUAAUCAAUAUAAACCAUGGUUAAUUGAUAUCAAACCUUCAAGAGAAUUUGAUUUAUGUUAAGAUUUUAUGAAAGAAUUUACUUAGUAGCUAUUUGAUAAUACAAUACAACUUUCAGUAGAUAUUUUGUUUCCUUCUCCAUCCAUAUGGCCAAAAGAAAAAAAAAAAUUAAUUGAUAUUUAUUCUGAAUAAAACGAUUUUGCUGUUGUUUUUGAUUCUAGAAUGGAUGGUUAAGGAUUAAAAUCAUUGUUUGAAGAAAAAUAAUAACCUGAAAGUCUUAAUGAUAAUGAUGAUGAAUUUUGA